GGAGGCCGGGGCGUGCAACUACCUCUUACACAUAGUUCACUUCGGUGACAAAUCUCUCAUUUUUAAUAAGUACUACUUCUGAUCACACAUUAGUGUGUCACACAGGCAUCUACUGGGACACUGACACUGGGAUCACCGACCUUCUGAGUAGUAGGUAACUGGCUCUACCAUCUGAACUAUAGCCACCCAAGCUACAUAUCUAUCAGCCUGAAAGCAAGGAACAUGAUUUACACAAGUGCAUUUAUUCUGCUUUUUUCUUCAUGAACUACAGACACGGAAACACAAAGGCAUUUUAUGGCACUCCUGUCACUUAUUUUUCCGCCUUAACCCAUUACUGAGACAGACUGCGAUUUCCUGCCAUCUCUAAAACUACAGGUAAUCACUGUUACCAAUCUUUAUUUGAAUAUUGGUUCAUUUGUUUCAGAAUUGCAAUAUAAUAACAUAAAUCCCUGAAUUUUUAUGGCGGCUGUUACUUUAUUUGACCUGUCAGAGAGGAUGAGAUCUGUGAGCUAGAGAGAAAACCCAACGCGCAAAGACCAGCAAGAAAACCGAAAAAUGUAAUUUAAUAUCGUGAGAAAAUUGUUUUUCACGCUAGGUUGCCCUCUGAAUAACACCUUUUACAUCUUUAAUGUUGCUAAUAGCGGUAAGAUCGUGUUGUAACCUACAUCACCUUCUGUUGAAAUAAAGAUAACAGGUAACAUGAGCCACACAGCAGUGCGUAAUGGCUGCGCGCAGUGGCUCGUCUUUAGUCCCGUCGUUGUUCGCACUUCUAUGAUAAAGGAAAUGAUGAGUGUCACAGGCGACACUGAAUAUUCCGAGGAGGUAUUUUUGCCCAAAAGCAGACAGAAGACGAAAGGCGUGAUUACAUCAACUAAUGGGCCACGUGGGGACACAACUGUGGAUAUUUGUACAAGAUGGAAGAAAAUAAAACUGAGCCAAGGAACCUCCGAGUACAGGUGUGUCAAAAUAUUUAUGAUUCUGAAGAAACGAAAUGUGUGAGCAUUUCUCUUCGUGCAUCUACAGAGAGCUUUAAAAGCAUGGAUGUUUGUUUCCACCACGGAAGAAGUUGCCAUCCUUAGUUCAAAAUUUCGUUUUAGCUAAAACAAAGCAAGACCGCUUUAUUUAUAUAGCACUUUCCCCUGUGUAAUGUGCAGAUAUCUUAAGAUAUCGACUUACUCAGACUUCUGCAUGGCCGCUGUUUCAAUAAUUUACGUAUUUAUUCGUAUUCAUAAAUUCUAUAUUUGUGCACUUCGCACCUGUUUCUAAAAUUACGCAGUUUUAAGCCGAAUUACAACUAAUUUCAUAUAUAGUUUAUAUUUUUAAAUAUCGGGAGAUUCGCAGAAGACUUCACGGCCGUUUUAACGCUUAAGCUUUCUAUUGGAGCGAAUAGUGUAAAGGAAAGCGGAUAUAUACGUUGCUUUUGCUUUAAACUGAGCCCCGUCCUGAGCCAAUUUUACCUGUGAGCACGGAGGCUCUUCUGUGAGCCACAACGCGACAACGAAUCUUCCUCCUGAAGUGGUAGCCUGUUUGGUUUUUAAAUUUUACUUAAGGGGGUCGGCGACUCACAGAUUAUUUCUCAGUGUUGUCUGGUGAAGUUGAAGCACUGUGAACUAUGAGAUGCUUCCAGAAGAUAAAGUGCACGCUGAAAUGUUUGCUCUGGGUUCCGGCUGCACUCUGUGCUCUCUACUUCACACGUCCAUCCAUGCAGUCUCGAACUGACGUUCAAACAUGCACAACUUGGAAAGCUCCUAUUCUCUGGGAGGGGAUGUUUGACCCUGAAGUUUACGACCAGAACCACAAGAAGGAAGGAACCUCUGUUGCUCUAACAGUGUUUGCUGUGGGAAGGUACUUGGACGAAUACCUCGAGACCUUUCUGAACUCCUCAGAACAUCACUUUAUGGUGGGUUUGCCUGUGUCCUACUACGUAUUUACCGACAUGCCAGAGAAGGUCCUGCACAUCCAUCUCGGUCCUCAGCGAACCUUGAAAAUGAUCAAAGUGCAACGGCACUCAAGAUGGCAGGACAUUUCGAUGAUGCGAAUGAAGGCAAUAUCAGAUGUCAUAGAGUCUGAUAUUCGCCACCACUCCACGCAUGUCUUCUGCUUCGAUGUAGAUCAGGUGUUCACUGGGAGAUUUGGCUCAGAGGCUCUGGGAGACUCUGUGGCUCUGCUCCACGCCUACUACUACCACCUUCCAAAGAUUUUCUAUACUUAUGACCGAAACCCGAAAUCCAAGGCUUACAUGGAAAACGGGGAUUUCUACUAUCAUGCUGCUGUCUUUGGAGGCUCAUGGAAAAGCGUAAAAUCUCUGGCUGAGGGCUGCUACCAAAACAUCAUGGAGGAUAAACAAAAUAAUGUGGAGGCUUUGUGGCACGAUGAAAGUCACCUAAACAAAUACCUGUGGCUGCACAAACCUAGCAGGGUGCUUUCUCCAGAGUACUGCUGGGAUACCCACAUCGGUUACAGGAGUGACAUUCAAGUUACUCGACUGCUAUGGGCACCAAAACAAUAUGAUAAACUGCGCACACUUUAGUAUUUCUUGGAAUUACACACAAAACCAUGCAAAUUCAGCAACUCUAAUAGCAUGAAAACUAUAUGAAAACACAUUUUUCUCCGUACUCACAAAAUAUGCAAAAGUUGGCAACCAUUUCAAAUAAUGGUAUGAAAACAAUAUGGCAAAGGAACAUUUUCCUAGUUACUCAUGCUUCCUUGUUGAGUUCAUUUACACUCAACUCCAAAAUGCACAAAUUUGCUUACAAGACGUCAGAUAAAUGUCUAUGCAAAUGCCAGAUUUGCGUUCUUAUCAGUGAUUGCGACAUUGUCUUUGUUUAAAAAAACAGUGCUGAUAAAAGGUCAAACGAGCAAAGCAAACCACAUAUAAUAUACAAUUUUAGCUAGUCUUCAUCCCAUUUCUUCAGCUUCCCCUUUUUUUUUUUUUUUUUUUUUUUUUUGUACUGAUGUCAUAGUCACAUUAUGUGGUAAAAUACAUUUCUGGUUUCCAAGUAUUAAGCACAGGCGGCUGAUCUGUUAAAAAAUAAACCCUGUAUUUGAAUUUCAUAUAAAGUUAUUUUGCAUUCCAGCUCAUUAUUUUUCCUUGAUGAAAACCUGGGUAUAAGCCUGCGUUCUGAAUAUUACAGUCAUAAUUUUUAAACAUCAUUUAUAACACAGGAACUUUGAACCAAAGGUUUAGGGUUUAUUGUCAGUUCGUGCUGUUUUUACAAGUGUGCUAUUACUUGGUGUUAUGUUGAAAAAUGACGGAACUGUUUUCUAUAUUUAUAUUGUUGGGGUAUAACAAAUGUUGGUGAGUACAGCUGCAAGUUAUUUUGUACUGAUAUGAAUAAAAUUACAUCUGUAGGGCACUACUGAAUUCUCCGAUGAAAACCUUUGUGGUGGAUGUAAGGAUUUUAAAGAGCUGUUUUGACAGUUUGAGACACGUCCGAGUGCGCAUCAAGUGCCUUUCUGCAACAAUAAUGGCUGUGUUUGCUUUUCUUUUGAUUAGAAGAUGUCAAAAUAAAAUGUUUGUAGGACUUUUUUGAGGAGAAAUAUAUUAUGUACAAAAACUGCAA